UUUGUAGCUGCUGCUGCUGCUGCUGCUGUUGCUGUUCGUGUCAUUGCUGGUUGACCGAAAUGUCUCACUGCAGAUUGUUUACCCGCCUGCUCUUGCAGCAGGCUGGGGUGAGGCAUUGCUACACCGGAACCAGAAAGCACCUCUACAUCAACAAAGACUCUAAGGUCAUAUGUCAAGGCUUCACAGGAAAACAGGGAACCUUCCACAGUCAGCAGGCUCUGGAUUAUGGCUCCAGGUUAGUAGGUGGUGUUUCCCCUGGUAAAGGAGGGAAAACCCAUCUAGGUUUGCCAGUCUUCAACUCGGUCAAGGAGGCCAAAGAGGGCACGGGAGCAGAUGCCACCGUAAUCUACGUGCCUCCUCCAUUUGCAGCAGCGGCCAUCAUAGAGGCCAUCGAUGCCGAGAUUCCGCUGGCAGUGUGUAUCACAGAGGGCAUCCCUCAGCAAGACAUGGUGCGCGUAAAGCACAGGCUCCUCCGCCAAAACGUCACCCGUCUGAUCGGCCCCAACUGCCCUGGAGUCAUAAACCCUGGCGAGUGCAAAAUCGGAAUCAUGCCUGGGCACAUUCACAAGAAAGGACGAGUUGGCAUCGUCUCACGAUCAGGGACCCUGACGUACGAAGCCGUGCACCAGACCACACAAGUUGGACUGGGCCAGUCGCUCUGUGUCGGCAUCGGUGGAGACCCGUUUAAUGGCACCAACUUCAUCGACUGCCUCGAGGUGUUCCUUCAGGACCCGAAAACGGAGGGCAUCAUUCUGAUCGGAGAGAUCGGAGGCAACGCAGAGGAGAACGCAGCCGAGUUCCUGAAAGAACACAACUCUGGUCCUAAAGCCAAACCUGUGGUGUCGUUCAUUGCCGGGCUCACGGCUCCCCCGGGCAGGAGGAUGGGUCACGCUGGUGCCAUCAUCGCAGGUGGAAAAGGUGGAGCUAAGGAGAAAAUCGCAGCCCUUCAGUCAGCUGGAGUGGUGGUCAGCAUGUCGCCUGCACAACUGGGCAGCACCAUAUACAAGGAAUUCGAGAAGAGAAAGCUGUUGUAAGGUGGACGGAUCAGAGAUGGACCAACUCCGUCCGGCCCCGAUUCGUCUUAAUGAUGAGCAGUGUGUUCUUAGUCAUGCCUUCGAGUUCAUGUUUCAUUCUGUUGAAGAAAUGAACCCAGUGUCAAUCACAGUCCUUAUAUCACAUGAACAAGAAAAUAUCUAAAGUUUUAUUCCUGCUGCAUUUAGCAGCAGAAUGUGUAAAUGUCAUAGAUCAGAGCAGGGUCAGCAGAGUGCAUCAGUGAUGUGUAGUAUUUCCAUCACCCUGUUAGCUUACACUUGCCAAUCGAUGCAGAUACGCAUCUUAAAUAUAAUUUCUUUCCUCA